CCAGUCCUAACUCCGUGUACAGCCCAACAAAAAAUAGGGCCCAUGAUUUUCUUCCUUGUCUAUAUGUAAAAACCCCCAAAUCUUCUUCAUCAGUGUUUUGUUUCACGAUUUAGGGUUUUGGUGAUCUGGGAAUCCAAGAAAAGCGGCCGCCAUGGGAAGAAGACCUGCGAGAUGUUACCGUCAGAUUAAGAACAAGCCAUACCCUAAAUCUCGGUUUUGCCGUGGUGUGCCCGAUCCCAAAAUUAGGAUUUAUGAUGUUGGGAUGAAGAAGAAGGGUGUGGAUGAAUUCCCCUUCUGUGUGCACCUUGUCAGUUGGGAGAAGGAAAAUGUGUCGAGUGAAGCUUUGGAAGCUGCUCGUAUUGCUUGCAACAAGUACAUGGCUAAGUUUGCUGGGAAGGAUGCUUUCCAUCUUAGGGUUAGAGUGCAUCCAUUCCAUGUCCUUCGUAUCAACAAGAUGCUUUCAUGUGCUGGGGCUGAUAGGCUCCAGACAGGUAUGAGGGGUGCUUUCGGCAAACCUCAAGGUGUCUGUGCUAGGGUUGCUAUCGGUCAGGUUCUCCUUUCUGUUCGUUGCAAGGACAGUAACAGCCACCAUGCUCAGGAGGCUCUUCGUCGUGCUAAGUUCAAGUUCCCUGGUCGUCAAAAGAUUAUCGUCAGCAGGAAGUGGGGCUUCACCAAAUACAACCGAGCUGAUUACUUGAAGUACAAAUCUGAGAACAGGAUUAUGCCUGACGGAGUCAAUGCAAAGCUUCUUGGUUGCCAUGGACCUCUUUCACGACGUGCAGCCGGAAGAGCUUUUCUAACAAGUGCUACCGCUACUGCAUAAGAGACUUUAAGCUUAGAAAUUACUUUUGCCAUCAAUUAAGAUUGGAAUAUUUUUGGUUGUAGUUUUAUGUUUUUGUUGCUUUCUAAGACUAUUGCUCUCGUAUACUCGUGUAUCUUAAGUUUUGAGAUUGCAUUUUAUAUCUAUUGAAUUCCAUGUUA